UCCCAGGUUCCUGUUGCAUGUAAAUCAUGUCCCUGUGGCUACAUAUUUAUUAGUCGAAAACUCUUGCAUGCUAAACGUGCUGAGAGAUCACCACCCAUCACAGAAAACAAGAGUGAGGCCAAAAGGAGACGGACAGAGAGAGUUAAGCGAGAGAAGAUAAAUUCUGCAGUAAAUAAAGACUUAGAAAACCGAAAAAGGUCCAGGUCUAACAGCCAUUCAGAUCAUAGCAGACGAGGAAGAGGAAGACCUAAGAGUGCCUCAGCCAAAAAGCACGAGGAAGAAAGAGAGAAACAAGAAAAAGAAGUUGACAUGUAUGCUAACCUUUCAGAUGAAAAGGCCUUCGUAUUUUCAGUGGCCUUGGCGGAAAUAAACAGAAAAAUUAUCAAUCAAAGACUUAUUCUGUAACUUGUAAGCACAAUCUGAUGCAUUUAUGUGCAGAAUGGCUAGCAUAUUUUCAAGGUGUCGUGGACUCUCGGAAGGUGUGUUGUCUGCACCAUCAAGGACCAUAGUAUUUCCUAUUAAAAUUCUGAUGCUGUUCUUGGAAAUCGAAUUCUGUCUCUGCAAGUCAGAAAGUGUUCACGAGAUUGUGCUAUGAAAAAAUCAGAAAGCAGAUAUAUUUUAUGCCUUGAAGACAAAUGCUAGACAAAUGCACAGAGAGACUGCACCCAUUCCACAGCACUUCUUUUAAAUUUGCUGCCAGAAAUGCAAUAUUUUAAAUAUUUUCAGAAGUAAAUGAUUUUCGUUUAAAAUUAUAUAUUUCAGAUUUUUCAGCUAUAUUGCAGUUUAUGUAUGUACAGUUGACAUAACUUUUUAAUAAAUUGAUAUUCCAAUA